AAUCAUGCAGCAGGAGAUACGGCCACUGGUUGCGGUGGAUAUAAUAGAGCAGCUCCACAGGCAAUUUGCUAUCUUGUCAGGAGGAAGAGGGAAGGAUGGGGCACCCAUUAUAACCUUUCCAGAAUUUGCGGGAUUCAGUGACAUACCUGAUGAAGAUUUUCUGAACGUGGUCACAUAUCUAACCAGCAUUCCCAGUCUGGAGGCUGCCAGCAUUGGAUUCAUCAUCAUCAUAGACAGACGACGGGACAAAUGGAGCGCAGUCAAGGCAUCCCUGACACGGAUAGCAGGAGCAUUUCCAGGAAACCUGCAGCUGGUGUUUGUCCUGCGACCCUCCCGCUUUAUCCAAAGGACAAUCGCUGACAUUGGCAUUAAACUCUAUCGAGAUGACUUUAAAAUGAAGGUACCGAUCAUCAUGUUAAAUUCUGUCUCUGAUCUGCAUGGCUAUAUUGACAAAAGUCAGCUGACCCGGGAGCUGGGAGGAACCCUGGAGUAUGGCCACAGUCAGUGGAUACAUCACCGAACUGCUAUUGAAAACUUUGCAAUGACAGUAAAAACAACAGCACAGAUGCUACAGACCUUUGGAACUGACCUAGCAGAGACUGAACUUCCCAACGAUGUGCAGUGCACAGAGGAGCUCCUCUCGGCACACACUGACCACCAUAGCAAGCUGAAGGAUGAGCUGAAACUAGCUGUGAAGCAGGGGGCCACCCUACUGACAUGCAUUAGGGAGCCAGUCACCCGAAGCGCCAACAGCAAACUCAGUCCAGAUGAACUGGAAAAUGUGGCAACAGUAGAAAGGUUAUUGGCUCAGUUGGAUGAAACAGAAAAGGCUUUUGAUCAAUUUUGGACCAAGCAUCACCUAAAACUAGAACAAUGCCUGCAGCUUCGACACUUUGAGCAUAAUUUUAGAGAGGUAAAACUGGCAUUGGAUAAUCUCAUGGAAGCACAGGCAGGUUUUGCUGACAUUGGAGACAGUGUGACUCGAGUGGAGCAUCUCCUAAGGGAACAGAAACAACUGGAAGAGAAAGGACAGGAACCUUUGGAGAAGGCCCAGUCUCUAGCUCUCCAUGGAGAACAGCUCAUCCAAAACAACCAUUAUGCAGUUGACUCCAUUAGACCAAAGUGUGUUGAACUCAGGCGUAUUUGUGAUGACUUUACCAAUGAGACCAAGAAAAAGUAUGAUAUUUUGGGAAAGUCUCUUGAGCUGCAUAAGCAGUUAGAUAAGGCAAGCCAAUGGUGUGAAGCUGGAAUCUACCUCUUAGCUUCCCAAGCUGUGGACAAGUGCCAGUCACAAGAGGGAGCUGAAACUGCACUCGUUGAAAUUGAGAAGUUCCUGGUAACAGCUAAGGAACACCAGCUCUCUAGCCCGAAGGAGUUCUACAAUCAGUUUGACAUGAUCCUCACCCCCGAAAUAAAGGCCAAUGCCCAAAGAAUUCUGCAAAAGCUAGAAGAUGUACAAGAAAUGUUUGACAAGAGGCAAGUAAGUCUGAAGAAGCUGGCAGCCAAACAGACCCGGCCAGUACAGCCUGUUGCCCCACAUCCUGAAUCUUCCCCAAAGCGAGCAUCACCAAAGAUUACCAGACCUGCAGGAGUAGCUACCAACAGGAGGUCCACAGAAAUUUCCUGCCCUCCAAAGUCCAUUUCUGAAGUAGAGUUAUCAAAAAAGAAAAGCAUUAAGAAGACUAAAGGUGGAAUUAAGAUUGAGGUGAUGCAUGAAGCUAGUCAAGGAGGAUCUAGCAGAGUCCUGGUGAUGAGUGAGAGUGAUGAGAACUUGUCAACAAGGAGGAGGUAA